CUCUGGCCAAGCUGCCUUAAACGUCUCAGAGGUUUCUCUGCUGUCUGGAAGGAAAACUGCUCAGCUGUGAGAAGGAUCUUGCUCCUCCCCCUGGACUCUGCAACUGAAACUGGGGAUUUUUUUUUUUUUUUUUUUUCCUCUUGGAGAAGAGAAGCUGCCCCAAGCGAAGCUGCUCACUUGAGACAAGCCAGGCAAAGGCAAUACUGAGUGGUGCACAUCUUGACAAAGCCUCCUGGCAACCUUUUCUGCAGGGCUGGAUGACAGCAGGAGCUGCCAGGUCACUGAAACAGGAGCUCCAAGGACUGGACUACAGCAAGCCCACCCGGCUGGACCUGCUGCUGGACAUGCCCCCGGUGUCCUACGAGGUGCAGCUGCUGCACUCGUGGAACAACGACGACCGCUCGCUGAACGUGUUCGUGAAGGAGGACGACAAGCUGAUAUUUCACCGGCAUCCGGUGGCCCAGAGCACAGAUGCCAUCAGGGGCAAGGUGGGCUACACGCGGGGGCUGCAUGUGUGGCAGAUCACGUGGGCCAUGCGCCAGCGGGGCACCCACGCCGUGGUGGGGGUGGCCACUGCCGAGGCCCCCCUGCACUCCGUGGGGUACACGACGCUCGUGGGGAACAACCACGAGUCCUGGGGCUGGGACCUGGGGCGCAACAGACUCUACCACGACGGCAAGAACCAGCCCAGCAAAACCUACCCCGCCUUCCUGGAGCCCGACGAGACUUUCAUCGUGCCCGACUCCUUCCUGGUGGUUCUGGACAUGGACGAUGGCACCCUGAGCUUCAUCGUGGACGGGCAGUACAUGGGGGUUGCCUUUCGAGGGCUCAAAGGGAAAAAACUCUACCCGGUGGUGAGCGCGGUGUGGGGCCACUGUGAAAUUCGGAUGUGUUACUUGAACGGACUUGACCCUGAACCACUGCCUCUGAUGGACUUGUGCCGGCGAGCCGUGAGGCUUGCCCUGGGCAAGGACAGACUGGCUGAGAUCCCCAGCCUGCCCCUGCCAGCCUCCCUCAAGAGUUACCUGCUCUACCAAUGACCCCCGUGCUCCAGGACCGAGGUGGAAGCGAGGCGUGGAUGGAUCUGCCCCGCGGAGCCCUGGGCUCUCCAGGCUGCAGCCACCCCGCGGCUGGAGCUGCCUGGCCAGAGGAUCCCUGCCUGGCCAGAGGAUCCCUGCCUGGCCAGAGGAUCCCUGCCCCUGCUGCAGCCUCCCUGUGCUCCCUGGCCAGCUCUCGGGCAAUCCCGGCUUCACGGCUGAGUGCUCUGUUCCUUGGGAGUCACUUCCCCAGCACACUCACAGAGGGAGCGUUGACAGAGGCUCUGGGCUCCCCUCUCCUCCUGAGAAAAGGCUCUGCUGCCUCUCUGGUUCGAGGGAAUGGUUCUUCUGUACCACUAAAGGGAAGGAUGAUAAUAAAAGAAUAAUAAUAAAAGUAUGAAUUAAAGCCUAAUCUGGGGGAAGAGGAGGCAUUAGGAAUAGAACUGUUAAGACCACGUGCUGAGAAUGGAAAGGCUCAGGAUGGCCAGCAGAGUUGGAAAGAGUCUGGAAUACCAUAAAGGAUUAAUUGAUGAGUUUUUAAAAGCCAAAAAAUAAAAAGUACAACCCUGAGCCCUGAAACACAAAACCAAGAGCCCUUCUUCCACCAGGACACUUGUUAACUUGGAGGAGGUGGUUAUGUUGCUGAUGUCUGUAUCUGUGCUGGGACUUCUCACCUUGCCCUGUUGCUGUUUCACAGGCUGUGACUCCUGCUUUCUUGUUUACCACCAGUGCUUCCCCUGCUCCAUCCUCUGCUCUGCCUCCUCCUCCUGGGUUUGACAGUUGAUUUUGGAGUCAGGCUGUGUCUUCACACGCCUCCUUCCUGCCUGGAGCCUGCAGCUUUUGCUGUGGGGUCCCUGGCUGGUGUGGGACAGGGAAGGACAGACCUGUGCAGUAGUGUGUGAGCUGUGUCACCCAGCUGCAGGUCCUGUCCCCUGAGCUCUGCCCCACGCUGAGGCUUCAGAGAAACCACUGCCAGGGAAUUCUCUCCUUGAUAAGCUGCUUAAAUUCAUCCAAGCCAGGCUUUGUUGUGUGCUAGACCAGCCUAACCUGCAGUAGCUGUGCAGCAGGAGGGGCUCUCUCUGCCCUGCUGGGUGGGUGGGAGGCUGGCCCAGGGCAGGGGUCACAGCCCACCUGCAGAAGUGCCACCAGCAGGUGAGGAGCAAUCCCGGGGGGAAUCGCUGCAGGGUGGAGCUGGGGAGGAUCAAACAGGCCAGGGGUGAUCUUCAGGCACAGCAGGAAGAAACUGAACCUCUCCAGAGCUGGGGAGCAGGAGAGAGCUGCAAUAAACAGGACAAGCAAUUCAGGCAAAAUCAGCACAUCCCAAAUAGAUCCUCAGUAGCCAGGUAAAGAGGAUGACACUCCUUUGUUAGCAGGAGCUGCUCUCUUGACCUCUCCACAGGUUACUAUGCUGCCUUUCUGGGGUUAUUUUGCACAUUUCUUUGUGUUUUUUUUUUUCCUUGAAAAAUGUUUGUGAUUGUUUUGGUUUUGCUUUUGAGUUAUCCCUUUGGUUUUGUGUAGGUACAAAUGAGUUUAGUUGAAAAUGUUAAUAUAUAUAUGUGGGGUGUAUGUAUAAGAACAUGUUUUAAACAGCUGCUGUAGGGUACCUUUUUGAAAAUAAACUACUUGCAUAGUAUAUUUUUUAAAGCACAGAGUUGGUGCCAAGACUGGGUGGGGUGUGAUGUGCCCCUUUUUUAUUCUAAUAUUAUAUGAGGUUUUUUUUUCAACGUAGGGGUUUGUACUAGUUUCUGUUGCAGGGUGGGCAACAGAAACUGUGUGGAGCCCUGCUUGGUUGCCUUCAACUUGAACCAGUGUCUUCCAGAACUCCAGGGAAGUAGCUGUGUUCUCCCUACUUCUAAUGUUCUUUGUGCUCCCUCAUUUCCAUCUCUCCUCACUUCACCAGGACAUGACUCUGUACAGUUUAAAAUUCUUUCUAUUUUAUGACUGUAGAUAGUACUCAGUAACCUAAUAAACUUUAUUACUUUAUUAAA